ACACCAGGUCCAUGUUUCGCCUGCUGGACACCGAAAACCGGGUUAGGUCGGGCCUCGUUGGAUCGGCGCGUCGCCCCAAAAUGUGGGAUGGAAUGGGCCAAUGUUUUGAAAAAGUUGGGAAAUUCUCUCUUUGGCCUUUGGGGCUGAGCGCCUUCCGGAUGAGAAUAACCACCGGAUGGGCACCCGAUGAGAGUCGAGCUGAGCACGCGGGAGUCCUUGAUGGAGCAGGAUGACUUCGAUAAAUCGUCCGAGAUUUUCAGUGCUCUCAUGACGCUGAUAGGAAACGGACAUAUGACGGUGUCUUCGACGGGUCAACGCUGGGCGGUUCUGUGAUUUAGUUACCUUGUGAGCUGGUCGUGGUCCUUGCCGAUACAGUCCAGAGGCGCAGGUGGCUGACGGAUUCCAGAUGCUUGGGGCCUUGUAUUGUGUGCAAGAUGAGAUUACCCCAAAUUAAUGUUGUGUUGAUUGGUGGAAUUUGUGGGUCAGCGAAGGAUUGACGCUUUUGUUCGAGUGUUUGGUGGGAUGGGCGUCUUGGGACUUACUACGACGUGUCAAGUGAAGGAAGUCAUAAUUAGCGUCGACUAAUUGAAGUGAUUCAUUGAAACAACGAAUUUGGUGCCGAAUUGAAGAGGAGAGAGGUGCGUUUGAUACUCAUUGUGUUAUAAUUGAUUGAAGAUGAUGCAAGAAGCGGAAAUGGAUGGAGGAUUCCAUCGAAAGCAAGAAGUUUAUGUUUUGAUAGCACAAUAUUGCUCAGAAGUGCAGUGAGAAGUUUUACCAACGAAUUGGAAUAUCUUUGGGAGAUUAUUGGUUCAUAGGCAUCGACAGAAGCUCAUCUUCACAAUUGUAUCGUUGUAAGCAAAAGCUACGCUAUAAAUAUUUGAUGAAAGGGAUGGAGUCAAAACUGGAAUAGUGAUGCUCAACUAACCAGCAAUAAAAAAGAACAGGAAAAUUGCGGUACUUGUGGAAAACAUCAAACGAGGCUAUAAAAGUUAUCAUUUAUAAAAGCUGCAAAAAAGGAUUGUAUAAAAGUGUGUAAGGGGCAUGCUUACUCGUGACAUAUACCGCCCAAACGAAAUGUUUUAUUUCUGAAAGUGAAUGUGAAAAAGAAAUAAAACGUAGUGUAUUGAAAGGAAUACAAAAAAAAAAGUGAAACCAUACUCAUAAAAGUUGAUACAUAUACUGAGUGCUAUAAAGGAUAAAUCCCACCGGAAAACAUAGGAUUAAACACAAAAUUGAGUCUCGAUUUUUCAACAUCAGCCACAACUAAAAGGAUUGGCGUUAAUCGCAGCGACAAUCUCGUCCCGUUAUCUAUAGCAACGAUUCCAUUCACAGGCGUAAUGGAACGAUAAUUCAACUGAUUUCAUAACAGAAUAUGGAUCCCCGGCACACCUAGGAACUAUGAAGCAUAUAGUGGUUGUGAUGAUCUUCUUCAACAUUAAUAAUGGCAUUUCGUCCCAUUCGCAGUCGGUCGAUAUCGACGAGCCGCACACGUACACACCUCCGAAGCACUACUUUCAGACGUCGUCCUUCGACGAGGCCGACCUGGAGGGGGAUGAAAUCGGUGUGAAAAAUCCUUUGGACCGGGGGCCGUACUUUGACAUUUCGGCGUCCCGGAAUGUCACUGCGCUGGUGGGAAACACGGCCUAUCUCAACUGCCGGGUGCGGAACCUCGGCAAUCGAACGGUAUCGUGGAUUCGACAUCGCGAUCUGCACCUACUGACGGUAGGGAAAGCCACCUACACAUCGGACCAGCGAUACCAGAGUGUGCAUAAUCCCGCGUUGGAUGAUUGGUCCCUAAAGGUGCUAUAUCCGCAGCCGCGAGAUUCCGGCGUGUACGAAUGCCAGAUAUCCACAACGCCUCCGGUGGGAUACUCCAUGACACUAUCAGUCGUCGAACCCAUCACAACGAUAGUUGGAGGACCAGAUCUGUACAUUGACACCGGUUCGACGGUGAACCUGACCUGCAUUGUACGACAUCUGCCCGAACCGCCGCCGGUCAUUCUGUGGACGCACAACAGUGAGGAAAUCAACUACGACUCUCCGCGUGGUGGCGUCUCGGUGAUAACGGAGAAGGGUGACAUCACGACCUCGUAUUUGCUGAUACAGCGGGCGAAAACCUCCGACUCCGGCAAAUAUACGUGCUCCCCGUCGACGGCCAAUCCGAUCACGGUGAACGUGCACGUGCUUAACGGCGAACAUCCGGCAGCGAUCCAGAGUGGCCAGUCGCUGCACAGUAAUCUGUUCCUAUCGGGAUGCUGCUGCCUGGUGCUAUUGCUGCUGUCCGUGACGUUGACCGGCCAACAACGGUGGCCCGCUGUCAGAUAAAACUGACCAUAAAUCAGCACUCGGCCUGUUCGAGUUGACUCGGCGACUCGACUCGACCACCACUACUACUAGUACGUAAUAAGUCUGUAUAGUUGCAUCACUAGCUCUAUGGGGUUCGACCUCUCUCUCUCUCUCUCACGCAAUUGUGGUAGAGGCGGUGGUGGUGGUGAGCUGCGUCUGUGGUCGAGACAGACAACCACUUCCGAUGCAGCUCUAUCUGUUUCUGUAGAGGACAGGAUUUCCAUAAAAGUUCUACCCACUGACCAACUGCACUCGUGUCAACUCGUCGUCGUCUGCUGGUAGAAUUUGGAGGGAAAUGGCAAAACAAAAACUAGAAAGCGAAUGGGAACAGGAAACAAUUCGGCACAGUGAACAACUCUCGCAUCACUGAAGUUUUGCUGGAUGGGUUUUUUUUUCCGGUGCCUGAGUUUGAUGAGUUUAUGGUGCUUUUUAGUUGUUAUGGUGCACUCCGUAGAUUAAUUGGUGGGAAUUUCGGAUAUAAAUGGAGUUUUUUUUUUCUAAAGAAGAGUAACGUGUGUUGAAAAACAUUUAAAUUACUUUGCUCCAGAUAUUAGAAAGUGGAAUUUAUUACUUGUUGUUGCUCAUUCUAUCUUGUAGAAGCAUUGAUAAAAUACAGACACUGUCCUUAGCCACUGCAACAACACUACUAUAAAUUGACACUAAAAUGACAGAGUCAAAAAACAAUUCUUUUGAAAAGUGUUUAGACUGAAGUGGAAAUCGAACCCAGAUCCCAUGAUAUGAUGCGCUUAACUGCCUGAUGGAUUAAGUUACACAAAUACGAAGCCCAAUAUUGGAGCUAGAGGUUUUUGAACUUUGUUCUAAAAUACAUCAUCAAUAGCAACGCCAGUAUUCGUUUUAGUAUUUUAUUAUUUUUUUUUUCAUGAAACAAUAUUCAUUAAAAAUUUUCUAAUAUUGUCAUCUUCAGUUUUCUGGUGAAAUUCUUUGUUGGAUUCGUUUCAAGUGUCUCAGAAAGACUCUCCUCCUCCUUAGCAUAGCUUGUUUUUUAUAAUUGAAUUCAUACUGAUAUUUUUGGUGGUUAGCUACGAAAGAUUUGAUGAAUUCAUAAUAUUUUCUUAUUUCUGAUCUGAGAACCGUACCACCAAUGCUGCAAAACUUGAGUAAAUGAAAAUGUCCACAGCCGAUAUGUUUGUUUCUAUCCGAUAAGUAAAUGGACCAACAAGAAAAAAAAGAUUUACAUAGGUUGAAAGAGUGCUGCCACCUCUGGGCAAUUGUAUCUUUUGAGCAAACGAAACGAAACGAUAAACAUCAAACAUAAGAAAGAAAAACAUCAUCCUGUAAAUAAAUUCCACCGAACUGUUUGGAUGCUCAAAGGUAACACAACCGGAAACGAAAGUCAACGGAAGUCGUCAUCGUCGGAAGGGGGCUUAUAGCUGCCAGGCAGUCGGCGGCAGCAAAAGACGACGACAAAGCUAGGACCCGAGAGCUAGUGAGAGCUCACAAAAAGAAUAAAAAACGAUGUACAAAAAGCA